AAGGAAUCUUUUGACAGAAAAUUAUUGGCAUGUCCUUUCACAAGGAAGUGACAUCAUAUGUUGACUGCAUGCUUCACUCAUCCAGUUAUCAUAACCGUGGAGAAGAGGGCAGCAAAACAAAAGCACAGCAGCUGAGCAGCACACCGAUUUCUCCAAGUGCAAUCUGUAUGCAGAGGAUUUCUUCGUGGAUGCGCCAUAGCAACGGAGCUGCAAAUCUGUGUUGCAAAUUAUUGGCUGAAACUCAAUUCACACCACGCAGAAGACUGAGUGAAAGGUGGACUACAGCAUAUGACUGGGGGAAUUCUCCUGUUAGGAUCGUGACCGCUUCGUGACGCUUGGCUCUGAGGUGCUUAAGCUCACGCUGAUAGACGCUCAAUCAGUCCUGGGGGGUGAUGCUGGUUGACAAAUGGAAGGACUGAGCGAUUGCAUGCUGGAGACAACAUGAGCUGGAUCCUUUUGUGUCUGUUUGCCAUGCAUGAUCGACGGUGGUUAAAUGAGGGAGAAGACGACGAAAAGAACCCUUUCAUUUACCUCUUGGCUUGCCUUAAAAUUCCCCUUAUACUACACUCUGUUCACUUCCCCUCCCCUUUCUCUUUCUCGCUUUCGCUCUCUCACUCCCUCCCACAGUUUCUCUCCUCCCUUCACUCAUCAAAGCCAGUAGCCUAGUAUUCUCUCUACAGCUGCUUCCUCUAUGGUCCCUUGGAAAAACAGCCUGCACAUCUCUCACUUGCUUCUCAAGGCAAGACCUUUUUUAACAUUUCAUCGCCAGGACAGCAGGAUGCUUCCAUGCAGGCUUUGAUUCCUCUCUCUCCUUGUGCUUUCCCCUUCCCCUUCCCUCUCCUAAAUUCCUGCCCUUUGACCCUGACCCUCCCCUUUCCCCUCAAUUGCCCCUUACCCUCUAUUCCCUUCUCUAUCUUCACACCCACUUGACCAUGUUGCCAUGUGUCUGCCGGGUCCAUCCUCUCCUUGCCUUUAUCUCAUUUGCCUUGCUGACACGAGGAGAAAACUGUCCAGCCACCUGCAAGUGCCCGGACCCUCACACGGUGGAUUGUAGCGGUCGAGGACUCACUCGCCUCCCAGACGAGAUCCCGCUGGAUGUGCGCAGGUUGUUGCUGUCCAACAACUGGAUCCCUCGCAUUCCCUCUGACUUUCUCGUGCUCUACAGUGACUUAGUGUAUCUGGAUCUCCGGAACAAUUCGCUCUCACACAUUGAGCCAGGAACCUUGAGCACCUCCUCCAGGCUAGUUUUCUUGGACUUGGGCAGCAACAACUUGACUGAGAUCCCGAAAGGAACAUUUGGUGAGUCACGGAGCCUCAUCAAGUUGCGCUUGGGCAACAACCCUCACCUGAGUAUGGUCAAUGAGGACGCCUUCAGGGGCUUGACCUCACUACGAGAACUUGAACUGGAGCGCAAUGCCCUUUCCAGUCUCCAGGUUGGUGCGCUGAGCCAGCUGCCUUCUCUGCGGGUCGUCAGGUUAGAGGGCAACCCUUGGGUGUGCAAUUGCAACUUUGCUAACCUUUUUGCUUGGCUAGUUGAGAACAGCCACAAGCUUCCAAAUGGUAUAGAUGGUAUGGAGUGCUCUUUGCCCACCGAUGGCCGCCGUGUGCCUCUCAGUCAGCUCUCCCAGGACAGUUUCCGGGAAUGUCAAAUCACCCUGACCCUCACCGACUUCCUCAUCAUCAUCUUCUCGGGCAUCUCUGUGUCCGUGGCGGCCAUCAUGGCCAGCUUCUUCCUGGCUUCCACCGUGCACUGCUUCCAGCGCUGGAGCAAAGGUACCAAAGGCGAGGAUGAGGAGAGCGAAGAAUGAUCAAGAAAUCGGACCACACGCAUUGGACUGUGUGAACAAUCAGACACCAGCUACAUGAACGAGGAUGUCUUUGGAUGAGAACAACACGGCACACCUGCACUAUAAAAAUGGCUGAUUAUUCCCAUCAGUGGAUCAAUGGAUGGGUAACAUGGAAACAUGGAAACAUGGAAACUAGCCAUAGUAUUUAAAUUUUGUGGUUCAAUUGUUACAUUUUGGUGUCCUCAGUAAUGGAUUACAAUCAGUAUCAUAAUAUAAUAAGAUAAUAUUAAUAGUCUUAAAGAAAAAAAAAGACUUGCUGCUAUUUUAUUGUGCCAAAUUAGUGCGGAUAAGAUGGAAAGCCUAGUUAAGAAUGUUUUAAUAGAAACUGUAGCCUGCAUACAAGAAAAGUUGCAGGUUGAAUAUAGAAAUAAUGUAAAAUUUUAUGGUCGAAGGAAGGAAGGAAGCCAUUCGGUAGUUUCCUAUUUUGUUCACAGGUCUAAAAUAAUCAACAAAAAGCAUAAAAAGUAGUGAGACAUCUAUUUAAGGAAUGGAUAGCUCAAAUGUUGCACUUUAAAAAUAAAUUUCCUCCUACAUCCUGCAGGCCCUCGGUCUUACCUAAUGGACAUGCCCAGAUCUGCCAAAGAUGAUACUUAGAAAUGAGGGACAAUAAGAGUUUUAAAUGGUUUAAGAAGCUGGAGGUGUGGUAAAAAUAUAGAUUUAUUUUUGCUUUCAGACACAUGUGAAUAUGUAUAAUCAAAUGACAUAUCUAAACGUAUUUGCGAUAUUGCAUAUUUAACUUAAAUGUGAUGCUUCCAGAUAUUCAGUUAGUUAUGGAGGCAAGGGAAGAAGAAAUGCGCUUCUUUCAUGCUGUGAUAUGUCAUUGCUUACAUCUUACUCAAAAAAAAAGAAAGAAAGAAAUAUUGGUAUAUCUGUUGAUUGUUGUCCUGUGUAAACUGCAACACCAUUCACCUGCUCAUUAGUAUGACAUGUAUAUUAAAACCAUAAGUCACAUAAUAAAACAAAACCUCAUCAGUUUAGCAAUCUGGCUGCAUAAAUUAGAUCUGCAAAAGAAGCCAUAUUUCAGAAGAUCUUGCUGAAUUGGUUUGAAAGAAACCAGGAGCCAUAUUAGAGAAACAUCAAAAAUUAAGAUUUAAAGAAUGCUAACAUUGUGUUUUUCAUAGAAACAGUAGGAAAUAAAACUUACGCUAGACCCCAUUUGGGUUUAUCCUAACGCUAAGACACCCAUUUUAGUGAGUUAGGAAGCUUCCUGUUGGGACUUGAGAUGAAAACAUGGACUUGGGAAUUGGGAUUUGUCCUAAAUGACAUGUAAAGCGAACUUGUCAUGGUUGGCUAGUUAAGGAUUCUUAGCUUCCUAAUAUGGUUCUAGUUGAAACCCUGUCUGAGAGGGGAAAAAAACAUGCUCUAUUGCAGGGUUCUUCAUAGAACCUUUAAAUGUUCUCUUAGAGAGAUAAACAGAUUUACUCUUAAGGAUGCUACGCUCUCCAAAAAGGAAUCGGUUCUUUGGAUAGUUAAGGGUUCUUUGCUUCCUAAACGAGUUGGAGUUCUUGCUGAAAAGAAGCCCUCUGCAUGUAGGGUUCUACAUGGUACCUUUAAUGAUUGCCCCAUACAUAACCAAGUUAUAGAUUUGUUUAUUACAUGAAUAUAUAAAAAUAUACAAUGCAAUAUAACAGAGAAAUAAAACAUUUACCAGUCAAAAAGGUUCCCUUUAUCACACUUAUGUAGAUUUGUAUGUAGAACCCUAUAACAAAGUGUUUCCUUUCAGAAAAGAUUCCAUGAAGAGCCUCUUUUAAAAGCUAGAACCCUUAACCAUCCAAAGAACCCACAAGGAACCAUUUUUUCUAACAGUGAACCAUUUUCAGAGUUUUAUUUUUUUUUGCAAAGGAAUAAUAAAAACUAAUAUUUAGUUUUAAAAAAAGUCUUCUUGUGGUCCAUGUUAUGCAGUCAACUCCAGAAUUAUUAGCACCUUUGAGGAGAAUGGGCAUAAAUGAUUGGAGGAAUAAAAACACAAUUCAGAUAUCCUACACAAACACUCCUUUUCAUUUACCAAAUAUUAUUCUGAUACGGACUGAUUUUAAAAAUAUUUUUUAAAAAUUAUAUAUAUAAAAUUAAGGUACAUUAAAUGUGAUAAAUAAAUGAAAUGUACAUAAAAAUGCAAAAAAAUUGUAAUAAAAAUUUCAGUAAAAAAAGAAAAGAUUGGUUACAUGUAAAAUCACUUUUUUUCCAUCAGCUUGGGGAAAAUCAAAUGGCUUUAAACACAAAAGACAAAUUGCACAUUAGUGCACAAAAAUCUUAUCACAAAGUUAAGGUGAUGAGGCUUUGAUAUCAAAUAUCAAAAAUGUAUUAAAAGGACAGUAAAUUGCAAAAAAUUUGAAUUUGAGCAAUAUUUGUGUGAUGACUUUCUGCCUUUUCAAACUACAUUAAUUUACGUUAUAUUCACUAUGGUGCAGGUUUAUAAAGUAAUCAGCUGGUUGAUUAUUUCUGCAUCUUGGAGAACUUUUCUAGCUCUUCUGCACACAUACUUCUGUAUCUGCAGGUAACAGCCUCCACAAUGAUGAGAUCAGGGCUCUGUGGCGGCCAAAACCAUCUGCUGUAGAGCACCCUGUUUUUCUGUUCGUUGAAGAGGUUCUAUAAUAACAGAAUAAAUUUAAAAUCUGCUCUUUUCUACUGACACACUAAUGCAGAAGGCAUAAAAUAAAUGCAUACGAUAAAACUUAGAUAAAAAUACAGGACAGUGUGUUCAGUGUACUAUAUUCUUAUAUAAUUCUGGGUGACUGCAUCCCCGAGAAGGAAACUUUACUUUAACAACUCUCCUUUUGGAGCGAGUCAAAAUGAUUGACCCUUUCCUAAGCGCUCACACAACCAAGCUAUUGGAUUUGAACAAGCAGCAGUGAUUGCACCACAUCAGAUUGAAUGCCAUCUAAAACACCCUAACUGUCUGGGACCAUAAUCAAUAUUUCCAUCAUUUCCAUUUCCAGAGUUAGACAGAGUUAAGAGUUACAUGAUAAAUAAAGUAGGCUGUAUGCCCUGUAUUCCCUAAUAUUGAUGAUUGGUUAUACUCAAUAUAUCUAACAAUACCCGGUGUAUAUGUAUUAGCAUUUAAAUUGUGGCCUGAUCAUCUUAAAUAUCCACUAAUCUUUCACAUUGUUUAAAGAAUAUGUGCUCGCCAUUGUCAGAUAAUCUGUGUGAGAAUGUUCAGAGAUGGGUUAUAGACGUCAUGCUAAAUGGAAUAUUGUGAUGACAAAUCAUAAAGAUUUCCAAACCAAAUAUCCUUCUGUAGCAGAAACGAUGUCUUCAGUGUGCUGUUAUUAUUUUGAUGCUUUCUAUGCAGUGAUUUAUGAUUGCAAAAAUACUGGAUCUGCAUGUAAAAUUAAAUCACACUUUAUUCUACUGUAUAGAUGACACUUUUAUAGGAAAACACAGUGCAUAAGUAUUCACCCCUUUGGAUUUUUGCACAGUUUGUUUUAUUUGACCAAUUUGUUUUAAUCCCAUCAUCUUACUUGAAAAAAAUGUGGAAAAAGACCAAGGGGGUGAAUACUUAUUCAAAGCACGGUACAUGGUAACAUAUGGUACAUACCUUUCAUAUUGCGUAUUUACUAAAGUACACCAUGACAAUGUGUAAACUCCAAAGUUUGUACAGCAGUAUUUGGUGUUAAAGUUCUCUAUUGAAUUCUCAAAUCAGUAGAUGUUGAUUAAUUUUCUAUAACUGCAGCUUUGGCAGUAGUUCCAUCUAUAAUUCAAAUCAUAGAUUUAUAUUAAUGCAUUCAUUCUAAGAUGGUAAAGAAAUGAUUGUUUUAUAGCUGUUAUAAUGUGAUAACCAGAAAAUUACACAACACAAAAUGUAACUAUAAAUGGAUAAAAAAAAGUAAGGCAUGUCAUUAUUUAAUUCAUAAAAUUUUGAAAAAAGUAAUCAUUAGCAAAUUGCUGUGGUAUAAGAGGAAGAAAACGCAUCUCACACCACCCAAUCAUUGAUUUUCUUAUAACCACAUGACCCAAUAUGUACUAAUAAGUGGAAUCGAGUGCGGCUGUACACACCUGGAUGUUUUCACAUAAGUUACUAUUUACUUUCAAAUUCAAUAUUCAAAGAAUGUACAGGAAAUUACUUGUAAUUGAAUAUUAAAAAGUUAAAAAGUUACUGCAACUAUGCUUCUGUACUGUAAAAUAAAGUGCGACUGAAAACUGUUUUGUCUGGUUUUACGUUCUGUAGCUUUGGGCAUUUCUAGAAAAAUAUGGUCAUAGACAUAUCUUAUAACCCAUCUCUGAAUGUUAAAGGGAGAAGGAUGCUGUGUUUAUUGUCAUAUGUGUCUUGUACCAUACUACUGCUGUUACACUGUAAAGAGUGUAAAGUAAUGUGUGUGUAACACUAUGAUAACAUGGAGUUAAAAAUGUUCGUCCUGAGUCUUGAACACCAUGUAUACCAGUAGAUAUCCAACUACUAUGUAGUUACAUUAAAAUGUGAAAAAAGAGACCUCGUUAUUUUGGGUUGUUAUUUUUAUUCCUGCAUGAUCUUAAGGAAUGUCAUCUCAUCAAGUUUA